CUUAAAGAAAGAUUAAAGCAAUGAAUUCGAAUUCCACGUGGAGCCAUAGGCAAAACAAGCUUUUUGAGAAUGCCUUGGCUAUCUACGACAAGGACACCCCUGACCGGUGGCAAAACAUUGCAAAGGUAACCGGGAGGACUGUAGAGGAAGUGAAGAGACAGUACCAGUUGCUUGUUGAAGACGUGGAACAAAUUGAGUCGGGUAAAGUGCCACUGCCAAACUACAAAACCAGUGGAUCAGCCAAUGUAUCCUACCAGCUAGAGCCAAGGUAA